AUGUCAUCGGGCGACAUUUCAACGUCCUACGUGACGGCUGUUGAGGAAACUGGAGCAGAACUACCAUCAGAAAAAUCCGGCGGCAGAUUGGAAAAAAUGGUCCGGAUAGCGUACGAUUCAGGCAACGUAUUCGAGGGGACCUUAUCCUCCCGGUGGAUCGCUCAGGGCACCGGAAGUUUAUUUUUAAGUGACGGAGGCAUCACUUACGAGGUGACUUAAAACUUUUUUUCUCUCUCACGCACAAACCUUCCGAAAAACGCUUCAAAUACAUUUGUCGCGAUAUUUUUUGCGUUAGUCCACCAAUAACCUAAGGUAACCCUAUAUACUCACAAUAAACCAUAUUCGCUUGAAUACCGCGAGAAGCUAUAUUAUGCUCUACACUGAAGUUACUCGUUUUAUUUUUCAGACACUUUCUUGUAAACAAUGUAAACUGUUGGGAGUUUACGAUGUUCACACACACACACACACACACACACACAGACGCCUCAAUUGAACAACCCAUAUACAGUUACGAUAACAUAUAUUCGUUUUUAUUAUUAUCUUUUUUUUUUUUACAUCCAAAUUUUCCUAAAUGGUUCUUUCUAGAUUUAUUUUUCCGUCUAAUUAUUAAUUUUUGGAUCACUUUGCUGUCCUCAUCAAACAUCAAAUGCAAGUGGACCCUAAUGUAUACAAUCGGUAGCGGUCGUGCACUUUUUAAAAUCCUUUAGAAAGCAUUAUUUUAAAACUCUGUUGAUAGCGCGUAAUACAAGAGUGAAUUUCCACCUCUUAUUAUUAACUUUUUUUUCCACGACGACCAGGGUCAGUUCAAUGACGGUUUGCCAGAGGGCACCGGUAUCGUCAAAUGGCCGGACGGCAGCUGGUACAAAGGCGAGUUCCGAAGAGGUCUGAGACACGGCUACGGACUACACGUGUCCUGUGAGAACGGACGCCGGUCAUACAGUGGACAGUGGACGGACAGUAAGAGGAACGGGCCGGGACACACGAGCUGUCGGGCUGGCGAAUCGGACGGCGCGCUGAAUUACGUCGGCGACUGGGUUGACGGCCGGCCGCACGGUCGCGGGUCGUGCGAUUGGUCGGACGGCACGCGGUACGUCGGAGACUGGGUGGACAGCCUUCCGCACGGCCGCGGCAAGGUGGUGUGGUCGAACGACAACGUGAGUACACGAUAUUACGUGUAAUAUAAAUGGCACGCGUUAUAUGGGGAUAUCUCAUGGCUCCCCUUUUUCGACUUGGGAGAGACGAAACGAAUUUUGAGUGCAACUCAUUCAAUCGACAGUCCGGUGUAACCGAUUAAAAAUCAGUUAGUUUUCUCAUGCCAAAGGGACUAAGAAAUCAAGAAAAACCAAUGAAUAAAGUCCAACAUUAAUUGAUUAUCGGUUUCUCCGUGUUAUUGGGAUAUGUUGUCUCUGCGGGUCAAAACCGUAUAGGCAGAAACGUAUAGUCAGUUAACCUAACCUAACCUAUUCGGUAGUAUAACCGAUACAAUUUACGUGUCGGUCCGCUCGCGUAUUCUAAAAAGACGUUAAAAAUAAUAUUUCUAGCCGGUAAACAUUUCGUUACGUUGAAAAAAAAAUCGUAUCGACAAUGUUAUACUGCGUGUAAUUUUUUUUUUUUUUUUGUAGGUACACGUGCGUCAUUGUUACGUUUGCCGUGUAAACUUUUUUUUUUUCUCCUCGACCAGUGGCGCGCCUCGACCGUGUACAAAAAAAAAAAAAACACACCGACAGAAAAAAGAAAAACGUCUCUCGUAAAUACAUAAAGUAAACGCGAGUAAUUUACACAUCAAUACAAUCAAAUGGGUCCGAAUAUAAUAAUGACGGUGGAGUGGGGUGUGGAUGGUGGUAGGGGAAAGGGACGGUCAUGCGGGGAAACGCGCGGGCUAUAUACGUGAGGUGAUUCGGAAAAUAACGUUUUUAAAAUAAGAAAUAUCGUCAGACUAUACAUACACGACCGGUGUUACUCUACACAUACAUACACGUGUGUUGGUACGCUCGUCCUUCGAUCGUGCGUUACUUUCGGAAUUGAAUUCCCGACGGGGAUUCACGGGAUCGGGAGUCCGGGAGGGACUAUGACCGAUGGCGUAUUAUAGUAGGUAUAUGCACAUACAGGGUGAUCAGCAUAACACGAGACGCUCAUCACGAAGAAUAAUCGUUUAUUCUGGAAUUCGUUUUUUAGAAAAUUUCUAAGAAACACGCCGCUCCUAAAAUAUUACAUUACCGUUAUUUUUUGUCGCCCUUGUUUUUAGAUGACGAAAAAAUACUCUACCGAUAAUUUGGUUUUCAAAUAGCAAUAUCUUAUUCGAUAUUCCAUAAAUAUAUGAAACAUUAGUGUGAAUACAUUUUUUUGUUGACAUUUUUAAUUGCCAUCGAUCCAUUGACGAGAUAUUCGAUCAGUGGAACAUCAUUUGAAUGGUGGAACGACGCAAAAUUAGUUUGAAUAGUCUUCCACUACCCAUACAAAACAGCAAACUUGAAAAUGGAAUACCUCGUCAACGGGUUGACAGAAAUUAAAAAUUUCAACAUCAAAAUAUGUUACAACUGCAUCUACUUGUGAAAUUUUAGCUACAAAUCGCUGUUUGAAAAUCAAAAUCGGGUAGUGGUUUAAUCCCCUACAAUAAGGAUGACAAAAAAAAAAACACUUUAAAGCUACUUCUUAUUUAAAUAUUCUAAAAAACAAGUCUUGAAAAAAGUAAAUACUUUCCAAAAUAAUGAGUGCUUUAUGUUAUGUUGAUCACCCUGUAUAUUAUAUAUACGCGAUCGACCUAGUAUCGUUUAUAUAAAACGACGACAACAGAACAUUUGGGUGAAAAAAGUCACCAGAUAGGUGAAAAAAUAUUUUGCAUAAUAAUACGUAUGCGCUACCGGAAAUACUGACAAUAAUUAGGAAAUGUUGAUAAUUCCUAUAAUAUACUAAUAAUACACAAUAUAUUUUUCUAGUAAGUAGUAUAGGUAUUUUAUGAUUGCCUAGCAAGUACCAAGUAGGUAAGUCCUUGAUUGUUAUCGUUUCCCAACGAUAGCGAGAAAUGCCUGCUAAAAUUUAUAUUGGGUCAUCCGAUAUUGGAUAUUAGCCGUCACUUAUAACUUACAUUUGUGUAAUACUUGUAUGCAAAAUAACAUAUACAAGUAGUAAAAAAACAGUGAAAAAUAUGAACAUAAAUCCCACAAUAAAAGGUAUGAACUAAAGAAAAGAAACUUAAAAAUAUAUAUAUAUAGCAUGGCUUUAUAUUAAUGUGAAUAAACAAUAAACAAAAAUGAGGAUAUUAUACUGAAGGCUCUAGUAGUGCUAGAGGAAGAUAUCAAUAAUAUGUUGAACUGAAAAUAAGAUCAAAUGAAGAGGUGAAAUGGAAUAGAAUAUAAACGAGUAUUAAUAGAUACUUUAAAGAAAAGGAGAUUAUAAUUGAAGUAACUACGGAGGGACCACGAUUAAGAGGAAGUCCAUGAAUGAGAAACACCAGCCAAUUAAUGAAGUAGGCGGAAGCCGCUUCUUACAAAAAAAACUCAAGGAUAUGGUAGGCAACAAAGUAAUGUAAAAAAAUAUUUGUUGUGAAUAAAUUUGUAAUACGUAAAACCGUCUUUAGAACGAAAAAAAAACUAUAAUAGGUACCUAUACAGAAUGGUUUUUUUUUAUUAAUAAUUAUCCACGGAGAUUUUGAGUAAAAAAUGAUUUUCCUUCACAUUUACAAUGUUUUCAAUUCAUUCACCUAAGUGUUAUUACUGUUAUUAGUAUUUCUGCUCGAUCUAUGCACCAUUUCUAAAACUGCAGAAACAUGCAUAUCGAAAAAUAUUCAACUUUGCGUUAAUUUAUUUUUGUUCUCAUAGAUAAGUAUAGGUAAUAGGUACGGGUUUCGAUAACAUUAGUUAAGUAGUAAACUACGAAAUUCAUUGUAAUAAAGUAUUGGCACUAACUUUGUAAUUAGUGUAUCAUUGUGGCAAUAGUGGCAAUAGUGUCAUUUCCAAACCAUAUUAGGAAUUUCCAUCAUUUCCUAGUUUGUUAACAGUAGCAUAUUUAAGAUUUCCUCCCCCCUCCCCCUUACUUUUAUUAUCAAUGCCGCAUAAAGUGUUGAGCAGACAUCAAGCAACUCUGUAAGUGUUUGCCUUUGUCGGUUCAGUUCCUUAGAUUUUUGAAGAAAUAUAACAAUUUUCUCAGAGUUUCAUAACUCGUGAUAAACAAAUACCUUAUCAUCUUGUCUGAGAUCUCAGAAAAUCUAUUGACGACAAUAUUAGACUGGAAAAUGCUUGUAAAACAUGUCUGGGCCGACACCGAUUUUCUGAAAAAAUAAUAGUAUAAACCAAACUCAAAACCUGAACCUUGGAUUAAGAAAGGUUAAACUCAGUGUUUUGAACUACCUCAUGACUUUAAAGACAUUUAAUUAGUGACGUAACCAGAAUUGUUCAUGUUAGUCUGUUCACAUUAAUUGCAUUUAUAUAUUAUGUAUAAAAUAUACAGCCUAGUUAAUCAAUAAAUUAUGAAAAUAAACACACACACAUCAAAAAAUAUAACAUAAACGUGAAAUGAUUAUAAUGAAAAUAUUUAAAAUACGGCCAAUUGGAGGGAAAAUGGCACCCACCCUCUGGCUAUGCCAUUGCGUUUCAGUCACGUUAGUCUCUUCUGAAAUAACAUAAAUAUUUUUAUUUUCGUCAUUGAUCUAUCUAUUCCUUGUAAUUUUAAUGAUCCAAAUACUGCCCACUCCUCUAGGACAAGGCAAUAAAAAUCAAAUUUAUAGGAUUGUUAAGCCCGUAUUAUAUCAAUUUUCAUUAAAAAUUAGUUUAGCUCUUCUUGAGCCAAGAUCCAAAUUAACGGACGCCUUACCGGCAUAACGAAAACCGGAAGUGACUGAUCCGGUCGAACUGCUGCACGAAUGGCGCACUAUAAUAUUCACGGACCUAUAAUUUUAGCCCCUAACGACGCGCACAAUAACGAUUAUACACGGGAUAUUUCAGGGAUUCUAGAACAACGAUCUCGUCGGCGGAAAAGCGAAAAUCGCAAAUCUUCCCGAAACUUCCCCGCUAAUACCAAUGUUAUUAUUAUUAUUUUGGAGACUCGAAUUAUUUAGAUUAUUGCUCUUCCUGAGUCACCAAAUAUUGCAACACGAAUAUCCGAGAUAACUACGGUGUGAUAACGGGUGUAACGCGAUUGCGUCCGUUUUAUAUUAUUACCCUUGAAAAACGCAAAACGAUUGCACUCCAAAAAAUAUAUAAGUAGGUGUUAAAAAGUGACACUGUCCUUUAUUACACACCGCAUAUACAAUACGAUUUAUGACCAGGCUAAAAACUGUUUCACAUAAUAUUUUACAAUUUUAUAUUAUACAAUAUUCAUAUUUUAAAUUACGAUUGUUGUUCAUAUUUUAGAACAUUUGUGCAUACAAAUAAAACACAAUAUACUACUUAAAAUAUUAUAAUGUAUAUUAUAAUCAAAACAGUCAAUACAGUCAAAAUACUAAUUAUCUUAAACAAAAUCGUCAAGUGUUCUAAAUUAUUUAUUUAUUUUCGUAUGACCUUCUCUAAGGUCAUAGGUUUGCAUUCUCUAAUGCAAACACAAUACAUUUUUUAAAUAAAUAUAUGUUCCAUAAUAUGUAUAAAAUCGAAUAUAUUAAAAUGGAAAACAAUUUUGUACGAUACAAUUUCUAUGCGACGUUGCCGUUGUAGAUGUCAUGACAAUUUUUCGCUUUACCUUUUCUUGAAAGUAAUGAAGUAAAUGAGACAUUUUAUACAUAAUUACUGUAUAGUAUUUGAUCAUUAGAUAACCAUGGUACUGCAUUAAUCGAGAACAGUAAUUGUAGUAUUUAACUGUUUGUUCAUUCUGUCAGUCAACCUGGUUUUGCGAAAAUCCGUUCGGUUACAAUGCCGUGCUUAAAGGGGGAGGAAGGAACAACUGCCCUAGGGUGCCGAAGAUACCAAAAAUGUAAAACCAAUUUUUUUUUUUUUUUUAUGUAAAUAAAGUUUAUGUCCUAGAGUACUAAUCAUAGUUAGCAUAGUAGGUACUGUUUAAUUUUUUAACAAUUGCAGUAAACAAUAUCACCAAAACAGUUUGUUCGUUAAACUAGUAACCAGAUUUCUUAAAACUACAUCACCAAAACAUGCCUAAUAAUAUAUUAAUAAUAAUAACAUCAUGUCUCGCAUGACAGGUGUACGAAGGCGAAUUUGUAAGCGGUCUCAUGGACGGUACGGGCACGUACGAGUGGAGCAGCAAUCCUCGGGACGGGCACCGGCUGAUCGUGAGCUCGUGCGACAGAUACAUUGGACAGUGGUCGCGGUCGAAACGCCACGGUAAAAGAUAUAGAGAUGACUGGGACGAGUCGAAAUUUAAUCCUAAAAAUCUUUAAAAAAAACCUACAUUAUGCUUUUCAACGGAUUUACAAAAACAAAAAAUAUCGAAACCAGUAAUGCUUGAAAAUAUUCAUGAAAAAUGUUGCAUAUUUGCUAUGGUUUUUUCCGGUUUUCCCAAUUAUUAUGAAAACUAGUCAAAACACAACUUUCUUACUCACCAACUGUAGAGCCCAAUUUCAAAAAAAAAUUUCAAUUUUUAUUUUUCGGCUGAAGCGAUAUUUUUUGUAGAAAACACGAACCUUAACCUUUAACAUAAUGAAAUCGUAACUAUACAUUUAUCAGAUUUUAUUUUACUACUUUGUCCGGUUUUUCCCAUUUUUAUGAAAACUAAUAGAAAAACCAAAUGAUUUAUUUACUCUUUAAAUAAAUCCGAAUUUCAAUAAAAUAAAAAAAGGUACCUUGUUAUUUUUGGACUUGAGUAAGAUUUCCGGUAGAAAAGUUGUUUACACACAGAAAACAAACACACAUCUUAGUUAAUCCAAUACGUUCCUCACUACGUUCAGACUAUAAAAAAUCUGGUGACUUCUAAACCUUUUUGGGGGACGAUAUUGCUAGUACAUCAUCAGGGGGAGUGAUGAAAUCAGUAGAGUACUCAAGGGAGGGCCUUGAAUACACCAUGGAUUUGCCGGAAGGUUUUUUUAACGUAAUCCUACCAGGUAACACUGAUAAACAACAAUUAUCAUUAAUAAAGUUACAACACACACAUAAUAUACACAACUAUACAGUAUUCACAAUGUAGCAUUUUAAUUAACAUUGUAUAUUUAUCUUGUGAUUAUGAACAAUAAUAUUAUUUUAAUAUCGAAAAGUAAUUUAUUAAACUUGAUAUUCCUAAUGGAAGAGUCUCCGCCAAUUCAACUUUCCGAAACCCAUCUUUGAAAUCAAACAUUUUAAUAUUUGUUUAUUUAAUAAUCCAAAACAAAAUUCAUCAAGAUCUAUUUAAAUUUUGUGGAUCUAAACAUAUAUCCUAAUAAAUUUAUCUGAUUUUUCAAUUAUCACUAUCUUGUUCGACCAAUCUGUUGAUUCGUUCACAUAGAAUAUUACACCUUUAUCUAUUAAUUCAUAUAAUUCGGUAAUAAACUUAUUUCUUACAGUUUUUGGAAUCUUUCUAUAUGGUACUGAUUUGGGUUCAGCAUUAUCUUUUAGUUGAAUAUCCGAGAAUCUGUAUUUACCCUUGAAACAUCAAUGUUAUUUUUUAUCGAAAUAUCUUUCUCUGACAAUAUAGUAUCAAUUAUUUUGACUAAUCCAAAUUUUUCACAAACAGGCUCUAACUUUGAUUUUGGGUUUAACUUACUAAAACGUUCCCAUGAUUAACUAUUAACACUAAUUAUUUAAAGUAAAUUACAUAAUUUUAGACUUUUACUUUCUUUUCCCAUAUACUUUUACCUCGUAACUAACACACCUUUCGUGUACAUAGUAUUUAUCUACAAUUCAUCCUCGAUCGACUCAAUUUCAUAAUGUGUUCCAUGCACAUAUUUUCUCUCUAAACUUGCGACCUGUUGAAAAAUAAUUAAUUUCUUACGUGUAUUAAACAUUUUACCAAACGCUACCUAUACAUUCUUUUAGUUUAUGCUUCUCCCCACACAUUUUACAAUCAUAAACUUCAUUACUAUUAUUUUAAUCAUUUAUUCUCUGUAUUACCCAUUUGUUGUCAUGUUUUUAACCAUUACCAUACAUUUUACUUUUAAAAUUUUCUAUUUUACCCAAUUUAUAUUUAUUUGUAAAAUUCUUUAGUCGCUGUCAUUUCCCUCAGUUGCAACUUGGUAACUUCCAUACUCUUGUAUACUUCUUUUACCUUGUCCAAUAUUAAAUCAAUUUAACCUUCAGCUCUGCAUUACUAAUUCCAAAAACAAUUCUGUCUCUUAUCGUGUUGUCCUCUUCCUUGUAAGCUGCUAAUGUUCUCAACUCGGUUAUGAUUUUAGUGAAUUGCGAGUAUUCAAAAAACCUUAGAUAUUAUUUCAGUUAGCGCCCGAGGCACACCUACAUCAUUAUAAUGAUGGUUAUGUCCUGAAAAUGAUUAUAAUUGUAUACGUUUGUGUGUUCCAAACUCGCGGACCGCUAUCGUUGAUCGGAAAAAUCGGUCGACCGCGCAGGUGCGGGAUUGUUUUAUUCGACGGAUACCGGUCAGACGGUGCACGGUCACUGGACAGACGGUGUGCUGGACGGGCCGUGUGACAUCGUCCUGUCUACCGGACGACGGCCGUUGUACACCAAUCUCACGUUCCGGCAUAACGUGCUCUACGGGACUCAGCUACCGCCGCCGGCCGUUGUUCGCCGUAAUCCUAGCGGUCCUCCCAGUCCGGCGGCGCAACGUGGCCGCCAGCCUACGGUGGCCAAACGAAAACAAAUGCGACCGGAGCCCGCCGUGGAAACAGGGUACGACCUGUCCGGCCACGUCCAGCGGAUAGCGGCCAAGUGUGCGAAGGGCGCGAAGGAGAUAAGUCUCCGAGUCACGACAUCAACCACCACUGUUACCGUGGGUUCGGAACCGGAACUCCAGGCAGCCCAACUCGCGCUCAACUCGUACUUAGACCGACUUCGAGACCUGUACGGAACGUUCUCGGUCGACUGCGGCGGUCCGGCAGUCGCUUACCGGACGCUCAUGACCCGCCUCGGAUUUUGGCGAAUGCUCGUGGACUGCGGCCUGCACGUCCGAGUGUCGCUGGCCGACUUUGAUGAAUUGUUGUGUGAGUACGCGCGAGUCUGAACGCGUACAUUAUACCGAUUAUUCUAUCGGCGUAUUUAGGUUUCCAGACCCUUACGGGACACGACUGUGACGAUUAAUAACACAGGUGUCUGAUUUUUAAACGAUGUACAGACGAAAACAAAGAUUACGCGUUCGAAUCGGCCCACGAUCCGUUCGAAACCGUUCACUUUUGGCAGUUUGUGCACGCGGUCUGCGAACUUGCGACGAUCGUUUGCGACAUUCGGGACGCCCGAGCCGAAGACACCGGCAACGGAAGUCUUCGGGGUGUGUGGGCCACGGCGUUUCGUCGACUUCUCGCGGAAUACUUAAAACCCGAUGUCGUUCCCGUGUCUUUCGGUGAGUGCGUGCGAAUACAUCCCUUUAAAUAUAAAAUAAUACAGCUGCCCAGGUGGGAAACGAUGCAGGCGAACGUUGGAUGGAUAGCCGGAAGACGGUCGAGACGAUGUACGACGUGUACCGGACUAUGGGAUGUUCGCCGCCCACGGCCCGCCGACUGAUACAGUUGUACGGUCCCAGACUCAGGGUCGGCGGUGGUGAACCGUUGUCAAUGGAAAGUGCGAUGCCGACCGUGCUGGACACAGUGCUUAGCCUCGGCGAAAACCAGACCGAGCCGGUGACGCUAUGCGAGACUCGUGAGUCAGGCACGAUGACCCUAUUUGGGUGUUCGACCGAAUCCGUCGUAGCGCUGCUAGCCGAGGCCUGUCCGAGGAUCGUGGGCCAACAUGGUCUAUUGGUCAACAUGGAGACGCGGCUCGUGUUCGCCGAAUGGUAUCAGUUCAUUUUGUUGUGCGUCCGAGACUGUUGCCGAGGUCCUGUACCCGUAUGA